GAGGAAAUGGCAAGUACAGAGUCCUCCAGGCAACAAAGUGUGUGUCUUGUUCAAGGAGCAGCCUGAAGGCCAGUGUGAAUGGAGCACAGCGAGCACAGCAAAAAAGUAGAGCGAAUGAUGGUGGCAAGAUGGGACGAGUGAGGCCAUGCCGUGGCUGAGAGACUGUGUGUGAAAAAAUACAGAGGCGUAUUCCAGAGUUGACUGUUGAUGGCAUAUACAGUUAGAGGGUGCUUAUUGGCACUUAUUUUUAUCAUCAUGUUGCUGUUGGUUAAGGCAAAAAUAGAUGUGUGUAAGAGAGGAGAUGUGACUGUGAAGCCUUCCCAUGUCAUUUCCCUUGGAUCAGCUGUCAAUAUCUCGUGCUCUUUGAAGCCCAAACAAGUCUGCUCGCCAUAUUCCCGUUUUAACACGUUAAUCCUCUACCAGUUCCACAGAAGAAUCCGUUUUCAGCGUGGUGACUCUCUCAGUUCUCAAGUCACAGAUCUUCCCCUGGGUACAACUCUGUUUGUCUGCAAACUGGCCUGUGGCAGUAGUGACGAGAUUCAAAUAUGUGGGGCAGAAAUCUCAGUUGGUGUUGUUCCAGAACAGCCUCAAAACUUAUCUUGCAUACAGAAGGGAGAACGUGGGACAGUGGCCUGCACCUGGGACAGAGGUCGGGACACGCACCUGUACACUGCAUAUACUUUACAGUUAAAUGGACCAAAAAACUUAGCUUGGCAGAAGCAAUGUAAUGAUCAUUAUUGUGACCAUUUGGACCUUGGAAUCAACCUAACCCCUGAGUCGCCUGAAUCCAGUUACACAGCCGAGGUUACUGCUGUCAACAGUCUUGGGAGCGCUUCUUCACUUCCAUCUACAUUCACGUGGCUGGACAUAGUGAGGCCUCUUCCUCCAUGGGACAUCAGAAUCAAAUUCGUAAAUGCUUCUGUGAGCAGAUGUACCCUUCAGUGGAGAGACGAGGGGCUGGUGCUACUCAAUCGACUCAGAUAUCGGCCCAGCAACAGCAAGUCCUGGAAUACGGUUAAUGCUACAAAUGCCAGAGGAAGACAUGAUUUGCUGGAUCUGAAACCCUUUACAGAAUAUGAAUUUCAGAUUUCCUCUAAGCUGCAUCUUUAUAAAGGUAGCUGGAGUGAUUGGAGUGAACCAUUGAGAACACAGACACCAGAGGAAGAGCCUACUGGGAUGUUAGAUGUCUGGUACACGAAACAGCACUUUGACUACAAUAGACAACAGAUUUCUCUUUUCUGGAAGAAUCUGAGUGUAUCAGAGGCAAGAGGAAAAAUCCUCCACUAUCGGGUGACCUUGCAGGAGGUGGAAGGGGCGACAGCCACACUACAGAACAUCACAGAACACACCUCCUGGACCUGGGUCAUUCCCAGAACUGGGAACUGGGCAGUGGCUGUGUCUGCAGCGAACUCAAAAGGCAGCUCUCUGCCCACUCAUGUUAAUAUAUCGGACCUGUGUGGGGCAGGGUUGCUGGCUCCUCGCCGGGUCUCUGCAAACUCAGAGGGCACGGACAACAUUAUGGUGACGUGGGAGCCUCCCAGCCAGGCUGCCCCUGUUGUCCAGGAGUACGUGGUGGAAUGGGGGGAGCGCCAUCCAGGGCGCGGCGUGCAGACCCCUCCAAACUGGCUGCGGAGUCCUCCCUCCAACAUGUCUGCUCUGAUUGCAGAGAACAUAAAGCCCUACACCUGUUAUGAAAUCCAAGUGCAUGCGCUGUCAGCGGACCAGCGAGGCUGUGGCUCCACCCGAGGCAACUCUAAGCACAAAGCCCCACUGAGUGGCCCCCACAUUAAUGCCAUCGCGGAGGAAAAGGGCAGCAUUUUAAUUUCAUGGGACGAAAUUCCAGCCCAGGAGCAAAUGGGCUGCAUCCUCCAUUACAGGAUAUACUGGAAGGAACGGGACUCCGAUUCCCAGCCUCGACUUUGCGAAAUUCCCUAUAGGGUUUCCCCAAAUUCCCAUCCCAUAGACAGCCUGCGGCCCAGAGUGACAUACAUCCUGUGGAUGACAGCUCUGACAGCUGCUGGCGAAAGCCCCCGAGGAAAUGAGAGGGAAUUUUGUCUGCAAGGUAAAGCCAAUUGGAGCGCAUUUGUGGCACCGAGCAUUUGCAUUGCUGUCAUCAUGGUGGGCAUUUUCUCAAUGCGUUACUUCCGGCAAAAGGUGUUUGUUCUCCUGGCAGCCCUCAGACCUCAGUGGUGUAGCAGAGAAAUUCCAGACCCAGCGAAUAGCACUUGGGCCAAGAAAUACCCGCUUGUGGAGGAGAAGACACUGCUGCCCUUGGACAGGCUCCUGACAGACUGGCCCACUCCUGAAGAACCUGAGCCCCUGGUCAUCAAUGAGGUUCUUCAUCAAGUGACCCCAGUCUUCAGACAUCCCCAUCGCCCCAAGUGGCCAGACAAGGGACAAGGAGUCCAAGGUCACUACACCUCUGGGGAAGAUGCAGCAUACAGUGCCUCAAGCCCACCACCUGCAAGAGCCCUCACAGCCGAGACAGGACAACUAGCGAAUCUGUACAAGGUGCUGGGGAGCAGGAGCCCCGACGCAAAGCCGGGAAACCCAGCCAGCCCCUUGACAGUCCUCCCGGUGGACUACCUUCCCACCCACGAGGGCUACUUACCCUCCAACAUGGACUAUCUCCCUUCACAUGAGGCUCCUGUAACCCACCCUCUGGGGGAACCAGAGCCGCAGCACAUCUCUCUCUCUGUUUUCCCCUCAAGCUCCCUUCACCCGCUCACCUUCUCCUGUGGUGAGAAGCUGACUCUGGAUCAGUUAAAGAUGGGGUGCGGCUCCCUCAUGCUCCGAGUGGAGAAGCUUGAAGCUUGGAACGUCGAUGUACCCCCAGCCAGCACAGCAUGCCCCAUCUAG